GGGAGGUCGCGAUAAGCAUCAGCAGUUAGACGAGUCAACGGGAUAGAGGCGUGACGGCCAUCGUAAUAGGCCCUUCUAGCUGAGGCUCCGGGCCCCUGCUUUGCCCCGCGCCCGUGCCCCGCAGACUCGAUGCCCGAUGCCCGAACCCUGGGCUGAUUCACUCCCCGUGUCGACUCGAUCCGCCUCGCGCACCACCCACCAUGGAUGAUGUCUCGGAUGUGGACUCGUCCUCCAUGGGCGUGGAUGAUCGCAGCCCCUCCUCAACCCGCGGUGGCGUUCCCCAAUUCUUGCAAAAACUCUAUCGGCUAGCCAACAACGACCAGCACAACCACAUUAUCAAGUGGAGCGACGACGGCUCCUCUUUCUGGGUGGCCGAUAUCGCUGCGUUUUCCCGCGAUGUCUUGCCCGCUUAUUACAAACACAACAACUAUGCCUCCUUUGUCCGACAGCUCAACAUGUAUGGAUUCCAUCGUAACACAAGCAACAAGGGCAAGGUCAUGCCCGGCGUGGGCAUGAUCGAGCGCUUUAGCAACCCUUACUUCCGCCGUGGGCGUGAGGAUCUGCUUCACCUUAUCCAUCGAAAAUCCUCCGCCGCAUCCGCCAAAAAAUCGCGCACCCCCAACCCUUCCACGCCCGUCAUGCAGCAACCGACACAGGAGUUUCAAAGUCGGCAACAACACCUCACUGACCAACGCCUUGUCGCCCUUGAGCGCCAAGUCCAGUUUUUGCACCUUCAGAACCAAGCUUUGGCGGCACAAUCGGCUCGGCAACAGGAAAACCUUUCUCAGCUCAUGCGGGCGCUCACUCGCAUGGGUAUUAGUACCGAUGCUGACAUGCCCGCUCCUCUCACAGCGGCAGCACCCCCGGGCAUGUGGCCCAACAGCCACCAGGGUGCAUCCUUUGGUGGCGGUGCUGCCGGCGGUGCUACUCCAACUGGUGCCCACAACUUUGGCGCCGGAGGUGGCAUGCACGGUAGUAUGUCCUCUGGGCACGGCGACCAUGGCGGCAUGGGCCGCGGCGGCUUUGGCGGGUCUGGCUUCGACGGCGGAUCCUCAUUUGGACAGUCGGAUGUGUCCUUCCGUGGCACUGGCAACAUGGACAGCGUCUUUGUCGAAGAAAGUGGUGGCAUGGACAUUGACGCCAUGCUGGCCAGCAUUAACAAGACGGAUAACGACGGCUUUGUUUCAGUCCAAUAAUUUCCCCCGUCUUUUUUUUUUUUUUCUGUUUUUCUCGUCUUUCCAUACGCCUAGUGGCGCUAUUGCAUUGCGCCGCCUUCUCCCCUCUCUCCCCUUUAAUCCUGCCCAUAGUGUGGGCUGUCUCAUGCGUGCUGUUGGGCUUGUGGCCUUUCUUCGUUUUUAAUUUCGUGCACCGUGAUGUUCCGUGUCAUUUCUCUUUGCAUUUUGCAUCCUAAUGUCCUCUCGCUUUGCCAUCUCUUCUCCUUUGUCUCGGCCCUGGUUCUCUUUCUCUCCUGAGUUGAAAACUGGGUCAUU